AUGGCGAGCGGCGACCAAACUGGCCGCUGCGAGCCCAUGCCUGGCAUGCACAUCCUCUCCCAACCAGGUCAUGCGGUCCGCAUUGCGGAUCCUCGCUUCGACAUUCAGAGCUUGUCCAUCUCUGCCACAGUCAGCCUUUCUCCAGUGGCAGAGACCCGCACGAGGCGCGUGAGCGGGCAAGACUUUUCUGCGUCUCUUCCUCCCAAGAGCGAAGCAACGUCGAUCGACUCUGCCACGACAAAUGGGCGCAGUAGGGUAUCUUCUUCAACUUAUCCUACCCAACCUCCCGUUUCAGCUUCGGCCAGCGCCGCCAAGCGCGUCUCACAACGAGUGA